AUGUUGAGAACUAUUUUCGGUGCAUUAUUGUGCACUGCUUUGACUGUGUCUCAAGGCAAAGCGGAUAUUAAUCUAGCCACUAUGCACAGCAUCCGAUCGAAUCUGGAUCGUAGAGUUUCACCCUGCUCGAAUUUCUGGGCGUUUGCUUGUGGCAAUUGGUCCUCCAACUACGUGGACAACUUUCAAUUGGCGGAGCAGAGAUAUGCCAACGCAAUGAUCGCGGUGCUGACGAGCAAUCGCCUAAGGGAUGCUCCACGCCUCUUUAAGCAGCUUCAAGACUAUUUCACGGCAUGUGUUGGUCACCCAGAGGAGCAGAUGCAGCUGCCACCGGAACUCCUCUCGGGCGAAGCCUUCGAAUGGACACGUGCAACGGCCAGGCUUCGCAAAUAUGGAUUAAAUGGCGUUUUCUUUGAUGAGAUGGCCGAUGUUGCUUAUAACGACUCGCUCAGCUAUGUAGUGCAGCUCAAGAUGCCGGUGGCUGAUAACAAUCACUCGCCUAUGAGGCCUGAGACUAGGUUGUUGGAAAGAGAUCUGCGUAUAUUGCGCGAGAAAUACGGCAAUGAGGAGCCGAUGCUCCAGCUGUGGAUGCUGAGCAAGCUCAAUAAGGAAAUACCGCAAAUCGAGUGGGAAGUAUACUUCCAAGAGCUGUUGGAAAGGGAGCCAGGUCAGCUGCUCGUGCAGAUUAGUGAUGUGGAGUAUUUCCGAAAACUGGGCGAGCUGCUGCGACAAAGCAGUAACACAGCUGUGGAGUCGUAUCUAAGUGAGCGUCUGGCUCAGUUCGUCAAGGAAGCCAAGCCGGACUCAACCCUGCAGAGCUGCAUACAUCACAUGAGUGCGGUGCUUCCCUUGGGCAUGAACUACAUCUACGAUCGCUAUGUGUACAGAACACGGUCGGAGGACAUGCGUCAGCUGCAGCAGCUGUUUGACAGUUUGCGCGGAACGUUUGCCAAGUACCUGGAGCACAAUCGGUUGGAACUAAGCCACGAGCAGCUAAGCUAUCUGCACGCCAAGCUGGCGGGUAUGCAAUUGAAACUGGGCAAUCUACCCAACCUCACGAGCGCUGAUUAUGGCUUCUAUAAUGACCACUACGCGAGUGCAAACUUCUCGGCUGGCAGUUUUGCGCAGAGCUUCUGGCAGGCUCUGCGCCUGCGCACGCGUCUGCAGCAUCUACCUCUGGGGCAACCAGGUGCCACCUUGCAGCUGAAGUACUACUAUGUGAACGACGAUUUGGUCAGAGCUCGCAAUGCGCCCUAUUUUGAGCAUGAGCGGAAUACGUUGACCGUUCCACUGGUCUUUAUGCAAUGGCCCUUCUACGACCAUCGCCAACAUCCCAUUUUCCGACAUAGUCUGAUGGGCUUCAUACUCGGCCACGAGCUCAGCCACGCCUUCGAGCAAGAGGGCAUACUCUUCGAUGCUGCGGGCAAUGAGGCGCUACUUGGAGUGCGGAUACGUCAGAAAGCCAAGUUCCAAGCUGCCUUAAACUGUGCCCAGCACUCACCGACAGCAUCGUUGAAGGAGCGAUUGGCGGACUUCAACGGUCUCCAGCUGGCCUAUGAUACAUUCUUCGGCCUGGCGCAUGACUCGCAGCGGUUCGAGUAUCGGCCAUAUGACUUUGAACAGGAGUUCUUAGCACCACAGAUCUUUCAUCUCAAUUUCGCGCAGUUCUUUUGCGGCCGCUUGCCGACGGCCAUCAACCAUGACAUGGACGAUGUGCGGGUCAAUGAGGCCGAACUAAAUUUGCAUCAAUUUUCCAUCGAUUUCAGUUGCACACGGCAUCAGUUCGACUCCAUCGGCUGUGAGAUGUGGCGCGCAGCAACCCAUGAAUAG